UUCCCUGGUUUUAUAUAGUAUAUUAUGUAUUUUCCACAUAUAGUGGUAUUGACAGUAAGUAUAGCCCAAUAUAUCUAAUUUAGAUUUGAAAUAAGCAAACUUUAACCUAACGUGAUUGUAAUCUUGGUGGUUUUGUAAUCGUAGUUAUUGUUCAAAUGAUUUAAUAAUUACAAAAUAAGACUAAUAUUGCUAAUUAAAAACAUAAAUGCUUAGAGUAUCGAAUUAAUAUUCACAAAGCCUAACAUUCUUAAUGAAUUACUCGACAAAAUAAAACACAAGUUAUAUCACAUGAAAUAUCUAGAAGGUUUUUUCUUGAUUAUUAAAGAGGGUUUGAUUAACUGUUUCUCAUAUAAUUAAUUUUAGUAGGAGUGUGAAAAUGAGACCGGAGACGGCAUCUAACUUUGAGAGGUGCUUUGUUUUUUAGUUAUUUGUUUCCAAUUGGUUUGAAUCCUUCUUAAACGCAUAUAGUAACUGAAAAGUGACAAGCGUGCCUCGUUCCUUUGUAAAAGUAGAAGCCGCGUAGUGUAGAAGUAUAUGACUCUUGCUCUCUUAAUUCUUGGUUUAUAGCUAGUCUUUGAUCCACAUAUCUAAUAAUAUAAUUCAUUUUAGUAUACAUUACAUUAUUUAGUUAGCUUGAAAUCCAUAAGAAAAAAUAAAUAUCCGUAGGUUAUGUACGGGAUAACAAAAGGUAUGUGAGAGUAUCAAGAAUAUAUACUUAAGAAAAACUAAAACAGUUUAAGCUUGAUGUAAACGUGAAAUGUUAUGCUAGCUGCAAAUAAUAAUCAAAGAAUCAAAGACAUUUGCAUGAAAAAAGAAGAAGCGAUUUGCUUGGAACUGAAGAAAGAAAAAAUAACAAACCUAGUGUUGUAAGAUCUCUUUUCAAUAAAUCAAAUGUUUGGUCCAAAGUAUUAACUUUAAAAAAAAAACAGCCACUAUUCUUGACAACUCUCUCUAACAAACUCUUCUCUACAUUUUUCAUGGUAUGCAGAAAAAGAACGCAUGUCUAAUCCAUAAUAUAUAUGUAUAAUGCGACUUUGAUACAAGAUUAUUUAUUAUUCUGACUUCUAACCUAUAGUUGUGGCAUCAAAAUCAAACAAACAGUUGUAUUAGCUAUAAGGCGACUUUCACCGUGUUUUCUUCAUGUGCUUCGUUUUUAGCUGCAAAGCAAAUACAUAAAUCAAAAUUUCAAUAUAAUGUGAAAUUUCACUAAGUCAUGUCAAUCAAAUUAUUCAUCGUUUACCACGAACGUCGAUAUUCUUUCUUACGCUGGAAGCUAUCCUUUGGUAGUAUUCGUGGUAGAUCACCUCCCCCAGUAUACAACUUGCAGUAGAAUUCAGAUCUGGCAGCAUGUUAAUGAUAUACAUAGUCAUUCAAUUGCUUUAGCUGUCAUUUAGUAUUACAAUGAGAAUGGCAACUACAUAUGUAUAUUCCAAAUAUGUAUCAUAAGUUAAGAUAUCGUGACUAAAGAAGUAUAAACCAUUUCUAGACAUUUAUAUACUUUUAUUUAUUUUAAAAACAGCGGAGAGGUAAAAUAGAUUUCCACAAAUAUGUUUAGCUUCUAUUUCAAAGAAGACGCGUUUGCAAAUAGUUACUUCUCUAAUAUGCUAGUAAAAGAACAUUUAUUAAUAUAUAUCAAAUAAUCAAUCAAUAAGAUGUUAAAGAAUGUUUCACACUGGAGUUUAAUUAAACAUAAAACAUAGUAAAAAAGCUUUCAGACAAUCAAUAAAAUGAUAUCAGCUAAAACACUAGAUAACCCAUUCUUAACAAUUCAUACACAAACUCAAUUAGAACUCUUAUUAUCACGACCAAUCAUAAACACUACUAUCUAUCUUAUUAUUCAACCACAUUAGUUUAAACUCUUAAUCAUUAAUUCUCAUCGUUUUUCCAAGUCAACUAUAUAAAGACUUCGAUUAAAUUGAUUACUAAUUUCACCAGGGCAGAAAAAUUCGUCGCUGACAAAUUUUGUUUUAGCUUCUCUCUCCAACGUAGAUAAUUACAAAACAAAGUCCAUGCAAAACUGAGUAUUAAACCGUAAAACAAACAAAAUAAUUGAAACCAUACACAUUUUUUUCAACGUGUUAGGUUACCUAUCUAUCACUUUAGAACAUCCUUCACGUCUCUAUAUAAACCUCGAUUCCGUUAUGCUUUGUUCAUCAAGUACAAAUAAUCAACUCUAAGUCUAUACCAAAGUCUUUAAGUUUCCUCAAACAUGGCUUCAAAUAACCUUUUCAUUGCCAUUUUAGCUAUCGUUGUAACACUUUCACUGCAAGGUGAUAACAAUAACGUCGUCCAAGCACAACUCACGACAAAUUUUUACUCAACGUCUUGCCCUAAUCUUCUCUCCACCGUCCGAUCAACCGUUAAAUCUGCCGUUGACAGCCAGCCUCGAACGGGUGCAUCUAUCCUCCGUCUCUUUUUCCACGAUUGCUUCGUCAACGGAUGCGACGGUUCUAUUCUACUAGAUGACACAUCAAGCUUUACGGGAGAACAAAACGCGAACCCAAACCGCAAUUCUGCUCGUGGGUUUAAUGUGAUAGACAACAUUAAAACAGCGGUUGAAGCAGCAUGUCCCGGGGUUGUGUCUUGUGCUGAUAUCUUAGCCAUCGCAGCUAGAGACUCUGUUGUACUCCUUGGAGGGCCAAACUGGAAUGUGAAAGUAGGAAGAAGAGAUGCGAGAACGGCGAGUCAAGCCGCAGCUAAUAAUAACAUCCCAGCGCCAACUUCGAGCCUAAGCCAGCUUAUUAGUAGUUUCAGCGCCGUUGGACUCUCCACCAGAGACAUGGUUGCUCUCUCCGGUGCACACACGAUCGGACAAUCACGUUGCACUAACUUCCGAACAAGAGUCUACAACGAGACAAAUAUCAACGCUGCCUUCGCCACCUUAAGACAGAGAUCUUGUCCGAGAGCUGCCGGCUCCGGCGACGGAAACCUAGCUCCACUCGACGUCAACUCAGCGAAUACUUUCGACAACAGCUACUUCAAGAACCUUGUGGCUCAGCGAGGUCUCCUACAUUCCGACCAGGAGCUCUUCAACGGUGGUUCAACCGACUCCAUAGUCACUGGAUACAGCAACAACCCGUCGAGCUUUAGCUCAGACUUCACGGCGGCGAUGAUCAAGAUGGGUGAUAUCAGCCCCUUGACCGGUAGUAGCGGCGAGAUCAGGAAAGUUUGCGGGAGAACCAACUAAUCCUUCCACGUGUCGCCUCCUUAUUGGCUUUUGCGUUUUUGGUUUUAAAUUCAAAAGAAUAAUAUUUUGAUAAUCCGUUUUAAUGUGUGUUGUUAUUUCCUUUAGUUUUAUGUUGAAGUGUGUAUUAUCUUCGCAUUAAUAUCUAAUGAAAUUAGCUUAUUUGCGAUA